AUGGCGUCCACCAUAAACACUACCACACCGGUUCCCACCCCCGCCCUCACUCCCGAUUCCCCUGUCCCACCUGCCCGCCCACGCUCUCGAGCAUCCCUCCUUCUACGCAAAGCGACAUCUUUUGUCAGCAGUGGUGGUGGCGCCAGAUCACUAUCUCCACCCCCUUUUGAUCUUGCUGCUCUUCAAGUCGAAUUCGGUAACGAUUCGCCUAAAGUUGCCCCCACUGACGAGGCACAAACGGCGUCAGCAUAUCCGACACCUCCACCGAGUACGACUCGCCCGAACUUUGGUUUUGUUCUUCCGGAGAUUGACUUGGAUCCUUUGGAGGACGGAUCGGGCUGUUCUUUUUGGGCGCUGGAGAGCACGACGGCUGAGAUUCAGCCACAUCCCCGUAAUAUUGCUGCUGCUGCGUCUGGUGUUUUUGGGGACACCGAUCUCACGGUCGGCUCGCCUCCUCCUAGCCUGGGCCUCGUUCUGCCUUGUUCGCCUCUGGACGCUAUGAACACCUUUUCGGAAGCUUCGUUCUUUGCUGAUUUUGCUAGUGCCGACCUUGAUCUCCUUGGAGUCGGGCAGUCUGUUGCUGAUGCUCAGUUUCGACAGCAGGCGCGGAGAGAUUCAGGUCUCUGGACGUCUCUUGAUCAGGCACGGGCACACGAUGAGCAGCUACCGACAUCUUUCUCGUCAUUUUACGACGUCGGUUUGGCGGACUCGAGGACAGAGGGGCAUCAGGGACAGGUGAACGAUGGGUGGGUUGACGGUAUCAUGAGCGCGGCUGCAACUGCAGCUGCAGGCGAGGACGAACAACCACACUCGAGCCUUUCAUGUCUUCCUCCUCUUGGGCUCGAUAUUCCAGUCUUCACCUCGCCCAUAGAGCUGUCGACUUCUUUUCUGCCGGAAUGCGACGCGACUCUCGACCAGGACCAGGACCAGAAUGCCUCUUCUGAAGAGGAAGAUGAGGAAGAGGAAUUGGUUCAACGUCAAUUUGACUUUGAUAAUCCUGAAGCUCAUCUCGUGCAACUCUCCCUCGCCUCGACCUCGACCUCCAUAGCGAGUCCAUGGCCCCUGGUACCUACUAACACCGGUGUAUCUCUCGAUUUGCUGGCUCUACCACAGUCUUCUUCGGCACGGCGCAUCACCAACAUCGACACCUUUCAGCCCUCGGCAACCACAUAUUUAUCGACCACAACCUCAUACACUCACUACCCUCCGCCUAGUCCCAAUCACGCCCAUGAACUGGUGCUGUCUGCGCCUUCGGGGUCUAUAGACGAGCUUGAUACUGUCUCGAAGGAGAUCAGUGGUAUGUCGGAGGACUUGUCAGAUUCGGUUCUUGGAGGACUCGGAGAGCUUUUCAUCGUGCCAUCAUCAUCGCUCAUAGAGCCUCCGACGCAGACUAGGCAAUCAGCACAUUCUACCGCCACAUCUACAUCCCCAAUCUCGGAGGCCGAUCUCUCGAACGGGAUCCCUGCAUUCAAAGAAUCUACUUCAUCUAGCACGACCACUACUUCUUCCUUGGCUAUAGCUAGUCACGAUCUAGUGGGCAAAACACCUCCACGAUCGGAGUCUACAUUUGACGCACUCGCUCAACUGGUGGCCGUAUCGAAGGAACUGGACGCUAUGGAACAUCCGUUAGAUGCUGACGACGAUUUUCAAGUCGGAGUGGGUAUCUCUGGCCUGUCGAUGUCAACGGACGGCAACAUGACGCUGCAUCAGUCGUUCUAUACCUCACUCGGGAUCCCAUCUGACUCAUUUGACACGCUGAACCCGCUCGAUCGAGUUUUGACGCCACCGCCACGGGAGGUUUAUUAUAGUUACCGGGAUGGGUUCGAAUUCGAAGGAGACGAGGAAUGUAUGGUUGAGGAGGAAGGGGAGGAUAGAGUCUUCGUCGGGAUGCGCGUCAGGAUGCAGAGCCAGACUCGGUCGACGAUGUUCAACGGAGUCGAGGUGCCCAGUAUCGUCGUGACGAGACCCGAGGACGAUUCGACACGCUACGUUCCAGCCUCGUCUUCGUCUGCGUAUUCUUGCCAUGGGACUGCAACUUCUACGUAUGAAGCCUACCCGCACGAACAUACAAAGGCAUCGUCCGCAACGCCCACAUGGAUACCAGUGUCUUCCUCUACGUCAAGUUCUCUUUCUAAUCUGACGCGUCAAGCUUCGCUCCCGAAUAUCGAGAUGUUGGCCGUCCCAAUGACGGAUGCGAGAGGACGCGUACCGAGACCGAGACCGGCUUCUGUUCCCAGCCUAACACCUAACUCUAGUCAUCAUCAUCAACUAGCGUCUUCGGAAUCUACUAGCAGUAGCAGUAGCUCGACGUCGACUGGAUCCGAACAUUGGUGGACAGUGACGAAGGAGUCGGAUGGUUUGGAGGGACUUGGGUAUGCGUCGCUUGACCUUGACAAAGCGGUGAAGGUGGACGAGGUAUAUCCAUUUUUUAUGAGGGAUGGAGUCGUGAUGUGUGCUUGUGAGGCGUGUGGAGGUGCCGUGGCUCGCCAUCCGUCAGUUCGUCCUGGUUCGGCGUGCGAGGCAGACAUCGGUGAUGAUGAGAACGCGUGCAAUUCUGGCGGUGAAGGAGGCGAAGAAGCGGGAGUCGCUGUUGCAGCGCCUGUUACUCGUGGUACCGACGUGGACUUCGGCAUCACUAUCGAUGGGACGGGAUUGACGGGAGUGGCAGCACAAGAACCGAGACCGCAAAGUCAGGCUCGCUGGUUAGACUCGAUCGAUGAUGAGAAGACGUACGUGUCUUCGACCUUCCCUGUUCCCCUUGUUCCCACCGAACACCAAAUCCAGUGCACGCACCCUGCUCAUAAAGCUAACACCGACUUUAGCGGUUCUGGUACUCUUACCUCUGCGCCCAGCAUCCCUGCCACGAGUGACUCCAUCUCCGCCGACAUUGUUACUACGAGCAACCUCAUUGACACCACGCCUUUCUCACCAACGCAUCCCUACUCCAGUCCCAGCCCCAAGACGGGUGCGUUUCGUUUUUCGCUACCCCUAUCAAUCCCAAUCCGAGCAUCGUCGCCACAAUCGCAAUCACCUACGCCUACGUUUAAGUCAUUCAAGGCUGCCAAGUUCGACGCUUCUGGGUCGGAGCUUAGCGCAGGAGUUGAGGGAGAGGUCGAUGUCGUCGGUGUGGUGGAGCGUCCAGGUUCGCCUUUGCUACGCAGAAUCUUCCCUCCACCCGGGCUAUCGGGGUCGAGGGCACAGGCGCGCGCGAGGUCUCCAACGCUGACUUCGCCGACCUUGCCGCCAUUGCCUGUUGAUGAAAGCCGAGGCCCUGACACAGCGGUUGAGGGAGGAGAGGAAGGGAGAAGGAAGACCGUGAAACAUAAACAGUCAUUCAUACGCCGUAUGCUUGCUAAGAGCCACACACCCCCACCACUCCCGAACUCGGACCUGCUGGAUGCCACCUCGUCGAAAUCCCAUCCCACAGCUCCUCUUAUUCAUGGUCAUCCGAACGAUGCUGGGCCCAGUUCCAGUAGUGCGAAUGCCGAAGUUAAGAAUCCCACGACCACGAACACGCUCCCGAAGUCAAAGCCGAAGGGUCUACGGAAGAAACGCUCCUUCCUCGCGUUCAUGAAGGAUCUCACGUUUCCCAAAGGCGGCUCUUGCGUACUCGACGACGCGACGUCCUCAACGCAAGCCAGUGCUCCUCUGCCACCACAGCCUCCUUCGAAACGGGCUGAGAAUGGCACGAGGAACGUCAAUACGGUAGGCUCGAGGUCGGGAUCAAGUACCAGUCGGAAGAAAGGUGGGAGUAGGAUCGGCAAGGAGAUGAUCGGUUCGCCGAGACCUCUUAGCGCCAGUGUCGCUUGGACAUCCUCUUCUACUUCACCUCACGCCAACUACAUGAACUCGAACGCGAACGCUGCGGACCCGUGGAAUAAUUACCAUGCUGCUUUUGGGCCGUCGCCUGUGGGAGCGAACCCGACUAUACCGCGACAAAGGGUUUCGACUGCUCCGGGAGGUGGUGGUCUAGAUACGAUGAGGAGGACGGAUUCGAGUAGGCCCACUGCGAGGACAGGGUCUCAGCGAGUGAGCAGGGGCCCGGGUGACAUGACGGUCGCGGGUGGAGUGGAUAGGUCCGGUUCGAAAGCGUCAAGAGCAUCUCAUAGGAAACCUGUGUCUCGAGAGUUUUCGGGAUCAAUGGGUUCGAGGGGCGGUGCGAGAAAUUCUUUGGUGAUUGAUGCGAGGUUUGAGCCGACGAGAACGAGAGCGAUGCCAUUGAUGGUGAGAGAGCCAGAAGAAGACGAGGAUGAGGUUUUGGAUGUGAGGCCAAUGUAUGCUAUCUGAUUUUUUUGCUCUCCUUCGUGUCUCUUUUCGCUGCCCCUUCUCUCUUUCGCUUGUUUGUAUGUUCCAUGACUAUAUCACAACAGUUUCGUUAGAUUUGUACUCAUUAGUAUGUUGUAACCGC